CUUAAACCUUCCAAAUAUACGACUAAUUACGCAAGAUUACAAUAUGAUGCCGCCCUGAAGCAGAGCUGGUGUCAACAUUAAGAUGCGGUUCUCACGCUAGGACCGUUGUUUUUCUCUCUCUCCUUUACGAGACAUUAGAACUUACGUACUCAGUUUGUCAAAACCACGAAGAAGCGAUGAGUACCAAAGGCAACUACAUCAGAGUGGCGUUCGUGGUUCUACUAGCCACAGGUCGUUACGUCCAGCUGCCCUUAGCAUCCGGGCAGGACACCGCUAAGGAGACCAGCAACGACACGGACACAGUCCACAACUCAACAGACCGGAAUGUGAACUGCAGCGCCUUUGAGAUGAGCACAGUCUCCAAGGUAGGAGAAAAUAUCAGUUCAAAUGCAUCAGAAUGUGUGCAGAGUGACAGUCCAUCUCGUACUAUGUACCAGUCCGUGGCAAUCACCAUCGCAUGUGUUGCUAUAACUCUCGGUGCCUGGUCCUUCGUUGCGAACAUCCUCCCGCUAGCAGCCAUCAUCAGGUACGAACAGCUUCACACUCCAGUUUACAUCCUGAUGGCUAAUCUGGCUGCUAGUGAUGUCUUAACUGGCCUGACGUUCAUGGUUGGGACUGGUACUACAUUGGGUUACAUUCGAACCGACUCCGUCCCUUCUUACGCCUCGGCACGUCUCAUGUUCACAUCGAUGUUCCUAUCCGGGCUGUCCUCCGCCUACAGUCUAAUGGCCCUGACGGCUGAGCGCUACUGGUUCAUCGUCCAUGGGAUGACUUACAUCAACAACGUCACCAACGACAAAUGUAAGGUCGUGACUAUUAUCGUCUGGGUGUGGUCUGGGCUGCUGGCCAUGCUACCCGUCUUCGGCUGGCGUUGUGCAAGUUAUGUCCACAUAGAAUGUCUCCCGAUAGCCGGAGGACUGCCUCGCAGCUAUGUGGUUGUCGUGCUCGUGUUCGUUUUCAUCCCGAUGGCGGCAAUCAUCCUCCUCAACAUGGGCGUGCUGUGGUGCCUCUGGAAGCAGGUGGACGCCAUCACUGCACAAGAAGCGGCGGUGGGCGCCCAGUCUAGCGUCAACAGAAAAUCCGGCAUCACCCUCGUCAUCAUCACCAUCUUGUUCCUGGUGGGAUGGAUGCCGAUCUUCAGCAAUAUGGCCCUAUUCACUCAUGACUUCCCGUCGCUUUACAGAAUGAUGGUCUUCAUCGUGUUAAACUCGGCAAUCAACCCUGUCGUCUACGGAUUUCGUUUGAGAGAGGUCCGCCGCGGCGUUGCACGACUCUUCGCUAAAAGUAACUGA